CCCUAUGCUAACCACAACAUGCUCGUUACCGUGGUAUUACUACUACUACUACUACUACUACUACUACUACUACUACUACUACUACUACUACUACUACUGCUGCUGCUGCUGCUGCUGAUGCUGCUGCUUAGAUGCGUGAAUCAUAAGUUCGUGACUGGUACACGCAUAACUGAUUAAAAAGGC